UUUCAUUGAUCAAACAAUUCCUUUUUGAGAAAUGCAGCUUUCAAAACUAAAUAUUUUGAAACAUUUGUCCUUUAGCACUCCUGCUAUAUAUAACAGAUUAAAAAUCAACAGAUACAUUUCUUAUGUACAAGGACAAAGCCCUCAACCGAAUAUUCGAGAGUAUUUUUAUUUCAUUGAUCACCAAGGAAUGUUAUUUUUGGAUGAUUCAAAAAUGAAGAAUUUUACUUCUUGCUUCAAAGACAAAAAGUUUCUAGAAUUCUUUUUCAGAAGGCUGAAAUUUAAUGAUAGUGGCAGAUAUGAAAAAGAAUUUCCUUUUCUAUCCUUGUGUGGUAGAGAAACAAACUUUGUGAGAUGUGAUGACCUUCCUAUAGUUUUCACUCAUAUAUUUGAAAAAAAUGAAGAUAAUGAAACCAUUGAAUAUAUUUCUUACGCACACACAGGAGAACUAUUAAAACAAAAGUUUGAGCCAGAGAAAAUUUGCAUGUUGCCAGAAAGUGGCAGAGUGUAUCAUCCUGGUCCAGAAAGUACUGGAGGUGUAGGAUUAAUUAAAUCAUCGUUAGCAAUUCAAUUGAGUCAGCACUUCUUGUAUCAAGAUAAUGGCACAGAUGCUGCACCUUCACAUUUUGUGUGGAAGAACAGAAAAUAUGAACUCACAAAUGAAAUUGUAGAAAAAUUGAAAUAUAUGAAGAGUUAAGUAAGUUAAUUUUUAUUAUGUAAAAAAAAAACGAAUUUUAAAGCAAAGAUUAUUUAUAAGGAAUAAAUGUUAGUAUUUUUUAUACUCUAUUAAUUUUAUAGACACAUGCAGCCCAAAUUUAAUAUUUUCAAAUGAAAUCAUUUUUGAGAAUGAAAAGGCUUAAACCUUAAUUCUGUUGUACAGUAAAAAAGAGUUGUGGAACGUAAAUGUAAGGCAUAACUAAAUCCUUACUUGAUUUUAAUGCUAUUUGCAUUUUUUUUUUCAUUUCAACUCUGCUAGUAUUUAAAAGGUUGAAAGUGAAGUUUCAGAAAAGUUGUGUGGUUCCUUCAUCUAUGAUGUGUAGUUUAAAAUGACAAAACUGGAACUACAAAAACAGGCUGCACAAAAUCAAAAACAGAGGUUUUACUAAGAAAAAUAGAGGCAAAACCAGUGAGAUUUAUUUUUCAAGAAGAGUUCUAGGGUUGUUCUUAAAAAGGAUUUCGGUCAAAAACGUAAAACAAAAAAUAAAAAGAUUAAGUUAAGGCAUGAUUUUAAUAGAUAUCUUUUUAUGCUUAGUGACACUUUUUCAUUUUGUAGUUUUGAAAUGUUUUUGUUAAAUUUUAACAAAGAAAUCUAUUGUAAGUGCUCUUAAGCUUCAAUGUUAAAAGUUGCGUACUUUUUAGUUAAGUAAUGCACUUAAUUAUGCAUAUUGAACAUUAAGGCAUUAGAAUUAUUAUUGUUUUCAACUUGAUGCAGACGUACUAUAACCUGCUGAAAAAGUGU